AUGAAGUUCUCAAGCUCCUGUCUCGACACGGACACAAAAGGUGACGAAAUGGCUUCCCAACCACAACACACAACUUUUCUCGAGCGGAAUGCACAGUAUGUUGCCUCUUUCGGAGACAAAGGGUCGUUGGCCUUGCCGCCCGCGAGGAAGCUGGCCAUUGUAACGUGCAUGGAUGCUCGUCUCGAUCCAGAAGCCCAUCUAGGCCUCAAGGAGGGCGACGCUCACAUCAUUCGCAAUGCCGGCGGUGUUGCCAAAGAGGCGUUGCGCAGCUUGAUCCUUUCCCAACGCCUUCUCGGAACGCGGGAAAUCGCCGUCUUCCAUCAUACCGACUGCGGCAUGCUCACAUUUACCGCGCCGGACGUGCAAGCCAUCAUCAAAGACGCGGCACCUGGUAAUGCCGAGAUCGCCGCACGUGUCGAAGCAAUCGACUGGCUCGAUUUCAAGGACUUGGAGAAAGCGGUGAAAGAUGAUGUUGCGUAUCUGAAGAGCGAGCCCUUGAUCCUUGAGGGGACACCGGUGACAGGAUGGGUGUACGAUGUGGGAACAGGGAAAAUUACGCAGGUUGCCUAG